AUGCCUGCCCGGAUUCCGACCCCGGAGGACUUCGCCUCCAUCCAGCCCGUCCUCCCCCUGUCCCUAUCCUUCCCGAACCCGUCCGAGUCCACCACCGCGAUUCUGAUCCUCUUCCACGGCCUGGGUGACUCCGAGGCCCCCUUUGCCUCCUUCGCCAAGGCAAUGUCCCUGCCCGGCGUCCUAGCCAUAUCUGUCCGCGGGCCUUCUCCGCUGCCACCGUCCAUGCUCCCCGAUGACGGCCUCUCAUCGGCAUCGGCCUCCGUCGGCGCCGGGGCGCGCCACUUCCACUGGGGAGAUGACAUUACUUUCGACCCUUCCACAGACUCCAUCUCCCCUGACCCAGGAUUCUCUAGGUCGCACGCCCUUGUAGUUGACCGCCUCAUCCGCGAGACCCUCAUUGCGCGCUGCGGCUGGGACCUCAGCGACAUCAUCCUCUUCGGCUUCGGCCAGGGCGGCUCCCUGGCCCUGGGCAUCGCCUCGCAGCUCCGCCUCGGGCCCCAGGUAGUCGACGUGACCGACGCGCCGGCAGACAAACAGAAGAGGGGCGACAACGCUCACUUCGACGGCAACACCCUCAAGGGCGUCCUCUCCAUCGGCGGGCCCUUGCCGCAGUCCAUGGUUCCCACCGUCAGUGCGCGCGGCAAGUGCAAGACGAAAGCCUGCGCUGUCCAGCUCGACGACGACGCGUUCGAAGCCAUUAAGGAAGAGUUCCUAGACGCAAGGCUCGUCAAGUGGAAGAGGAAGGACGUGGCCAUGCCCCGUGAUCGGGAGGAGAUGUUUCCCCUAAUGCAGUUCUUCGCGGAGUGUCUUCAGAGUGGGUGGUGA